CAGUCAAAAAAAAUGUCAUUUGUCAAAUACACGUGCGAUCAAUACUUGCUACAUUUUUUAAUAAUGCAGUAAAUAAUAAAAUAAAAUGGCCAAAAGAAAAUACGAUAGUGAACCAAAAGGCAGUGCAAAGAAAAGUAAAAGUGUUGCAGACAGUGAACACUUGGAUAGCAAAGAUGUCGACUCCGAGCAACCACAAAAUGAUGAGAAAUUUGAAAAUCGACCAACAAAAUCCAUUAAACCGAAUUUAUUUGAUAUAAAACACUUUCGGAAAGAGCUAUCAGGAAAGCAGGGUCAAACAAUGGCCCUAACCCAGUUUCUGCAAGUUUGCCUGAACCCAGACAGUGAUGUGGAUUAUAUGCUGGAGUACUUGAAAGUUGGCGGCAACUCUCAUGAGAUCUUGAGACAAAUUUCUCAGGAUAAUAAGAAGAACCUAACAUUAGCAACACCAGUGUUCCACUUAUUCCAUCUGAUCAUACUAAAAGUGCAGUCUUCACUGCCACACAUGAUUGUUAUAACAGAGGAAGCUUGUCGUUACUUUCUUAACACAUUUAUACCAACUGUUGAAAUUAUGAUAAGUGAAAAUUCAGGCCCAAGGCAUAGGAAGAUUAUACUCAACCUUCUUACAUCUAUGGUUACGUUAAAUUCUGAUUUGGGUGUAGAAGUUCUCAAUCAAGUUCCAUUAACACCUAAAAGCUUACAUUAUAUAGUUGAGAAACAGAAUUACAAAGAAAAGGAUAAUGUUCGAACUGCAUUUGUACAUUUCAUGACUUCGUUUCUUGUUGAUGGACAUUUACCACUAAUUAAAGCUUUGCUUGAAAAACAAGGUUUGCUAUCUUUAGUUAUACCUGGUUUAAUACAUGAUGAAUCAGUUGCUGUAUUGAUGUUUCUGAAUACUCUUAAAAAGAAUGUCAUUGACAAUACUUUGCUAACAAAAACUUUGAAAUUAAAAACAUUCAGUCACCAAGUUUUGCACAAUUUGUUCAAAUUGUUCACAUGGAGAGGACCUCCUGAUAAUGAACCAUCUUCUGAAACUAAAAAUGAAAUAAUGACAUUGAUAUUGGAUAUAAUACUUACUUUAUUUACUUCUCACAAGGUGGGACUUUAUUUUCAAGACAAUUCACUGGGUACUGGUGAUGUAAAUAAAAAUCAGAACCUUUAUAGAGCUUUGGAGAUGUUAAAAAAGCCUUGGGAGAAUGAAUAUCAAUGUGAAGCUGUUCUUGAAAUUGUUUAUAGAUGCCCUGAUCUUCAUAGAGCAGUAAUAAAUGUUAUUGAACAAACUUUUCAACCUAACCACUCGCCUGCAUGGGCAAGAGUUGUUGAAUUUAUUUUGAGAUUAUUAGACAAGUUAAAACCUGAAAACAUGGUGUCUAAGUUGGUAGACCUUAAUCCUGUCCAAACUGCAAAUUUUAUUCGAUUUAUAACCAUGCCUGUAUCAUUGCUAAAGCAAAUUAAAGCAGGGAAUGAAAUGGAUCAUAUUAUAUCUUUGUACUGUAUGAAAGUAUUAGUGAAAAUGUUACAAACAUUAAAACGAUACAUGCAAUUGCUUGAAUUGGAAGAAACACCUGUUAAGAUUUUGGAACUUAAGAAUAAAUUGGAAAUUUUUCUUCCAAAACAUAUGCCUGCUCAAGAAACUAUUGUCUCUUUAAUGAAUGAUGUUAUUAAUGAUCGCUAUGAAAAUUCAACUUCAAGUGAUUAUAGAUUACCAAGACCAACAAAUGCUGACUCUCUAUUGUCACUUUUAGAUAUAUUACUCCUUAAUAAUUCUAUUUAUCCUGCUUUCUUUGAAUCACUGGAUGGAUCAUUCGAAAUCAAAAAGAUUCUCGAUUUCUGCACAAGCUCAGACAGUACACUUUUAAAAUAUAAAGCCGUCUCUUUGUGUCAAAUUUUGUACACUACUUCACUGUCAGUUAACAAUCCAAUGUUUAAGAACCUGUUUCUUAUGAUUCUUGAAGUAUAUACUAGUGAAGAAGAUGACACAUGGAUAGAAGCUAAAGACACAUUGCAGAUGUUCUUUAGGUGUACCGGAAUAUAUGAAAGUGAUGAAGAUGAAGUGCAAAUAAUGUUAUACUCAUUGAGAAAUUCCAAUUUGAACUUUGUAUCUGCAAUAGCUGAAGUCAUAGAACAUGUUUUAGAAAACAAUGAAGAAUUAUCUGAAUAUAUCAAUCAAGUUGUUAAUGCUGAGUUUUCAGAUGAAAUUUCUCAGUCAAAUUUAGAUACAUUAUUUAAUGAUUUAAUGCAAAAUAAAAAGAAAGUUGGCAGUGCUUUUGUAGAAACGAAAAUACCAUCACAAUUUAUUGUUGGUUGUAUACAUUAUAUAUAUUGUAGCAAAGAAGCCAAAAAAUCUUUGAAAUCAUUUUUAAAUCUAUAUGUAGCCAACUUACUACAUUGUAACUAUUCGCCUAAACUUACUGAAGGUUUGAUUGGUGAUUUUAAACUUGAUGUAAGAAGUUAUAUUGCUGACUGGACAGUCAAACCUGUGCCUAUACCUGAGGGUACAACUAAAGACGAAACACUACAAAACAUUUCUAAAUCUAUUAUGGAUAAUGAAGAUAUACCAUUAACAACAAUGUUUCCUGUAAUAGAGUCAUCAGAAGAAACUGAUUUGACACUCAUGAAUGUUAAAUAUAAAAUAGAUCCCACUAGAGUAAUCAUAAGCACAGAAUUAUUUGUUUGGGCAAAAUAUCUAAUAUUUUCUUUAGUCAGUUUAACCAAUAUGGGUCUACUGUUUGCUCAACAGGAGAAGAAAAUCGUUGUUUAUUUUAAAAUAAUUAUUGCUUUAGGAAAAAAGCAUCACAUGAUAAACGUGUGUAGGGACAUUGUUCAAAAUUUAUUUAGAAAUGCUCACGUUUUGAAAAUAUAUCAACCAAUAGAUUGUAAUAAAAAUCCGUCUAAAGCAUUGGCAACUGAAGUUUUGCUGCAAAUCAUGGAUUACAGUCCAGAUAUUGUAAAUUACCUCAACAAAAAGAAUUCAAUUCUCAGAUCUUAUCAGCAAAAGACGUUCAGCGAAAUAACAAAGGCUUUUGCAAAAAUUAAUAAAAAGAAAGACGUAAGCAGUCGUCUUUUAGUCGUGGUGCUCGAUACAAUAGGAUUGUCUACAGAAGACGAUCUAGUAGUAUUUGAUAAUAUAUUGGCAACUAAUAUUGAAAUUUUAUGUUCGAAAGACAAAGAACCGACUUUUGUUUUUGAUUUGCUCAGAAUACUAAUUGAAAAAUAUUCUAAAUCUACUACAUUGGAAAUUUCAAAUGAAAUACUGGACAAAUGCAUGGAUUUUUAUUUUGCGUUACUUACAUAUAAAAAGGCAACUCCUAAUUUGACGAAUGUUGAAGAACCAUUAAUAGAAUAUUUUGAAAACAAACCGCAUCAGGCGAUACGCGUCAGCACUGAAGAUUUCAAUAAGUUCUUUCAUGCUAAUACUGUGAGGAAAUCAACUUCACAACUUGCUGCAGUUUUACUCAAGCACAAUAAUAAACUUAGUGACGUCUUUAAAAAAGAAAUCGAAAGGCCUGAAAUAUUGAGUCAAAGAGAAUUAACUUUGCCUUUAGGUAAUGCUCUCAUUAACCACAGCCAAUUUUUGACAGAUAAUAAUGAAAUUUUGAAAAUAAUCUACGGAGAAUAUAAAAGUAACAUCAAGAAGUUUUUGGAAAAACCUCACAAGGCUGGCCAAGUGUAUAUUAAUUCUUCGAAAUUCCUAACAAAACUAGUCGUCGAAUGUAUGGAUGUUCAAGAUUGCGAGACUUUAUUUUCAAAAAGCCACAAGUUUGAAACGGUCGAUUUGAGUCAUAUAGAAUUGUUUCAUGUCGUAUUUUUAAGAAUCUGUGUUCACGAACAGUCGUAUAAGAACGAGUAUUUGAUUCACUACUUUUUAUCGAUAUUACAUUUGACUAUGAUGGCUAUCAAAGAAAGUGAAACCAAUAUUUUGGACGUAUUGUGCAAGCACAUUUGCAACAUUGUAGAAAUAACGAAACAGAAAGUAGCCGUUCAAGUCACCGAAGAAAGCGAAUUCAGAAAGAUAACAGAAAGCGGUAUUUGGCAGAACUUAUGUAAAACUGUCCUAAAAGAUUCUUUAAAAGUGCGAACUCUGCAUAACGACAAUAUGAUUGAACAGAAAUUUCUAUCUCUACUGUCGAAUUUAGUAAAACUUUUUUAUCCACAUGACCACGAAGACAUCGUCAAUAUUUUUGACAUGGUAACGUCGCAUUCGGAAUUCUUGAAUGUGAUGUUGAGUCAUCACAGUCCGGACAUAAAAUUGCGUUUACUGGAGCUACUGUUCAUCCUCAUUUCGAAAAAUAAAUCCGUAAUGAAAACCCAACAAAUUCCUGUUUACCUGAGCGCCUAUCACGCGACAAGGAGCUCGUGCGAUCGACUUCUAUUAAGCAUACUCCACUUUUACGAAGCCAAUGGUUUGCCGGUGAACGAGUACAAACCGUACAUAUGGGGAGAUUCGGCGGCGAACCAUUACGCAGUUCGCAAGUCUAGAACGUCUACUCUGUGGGGGCAUCCGACACCGAAUCAGGUUUUGAAUCUAUUGGAGAAAGAUAGAAUCCAAAAGACCGUAAAACUAUUUCCCGUGAAUCAAAAAUUGGAUUACAAUUGUCAGUUACCGGAUAGUUUGAACGAUGCGUCGGUGAAAAUUUUUCUGUAUAAAAUAAUGCGCAAUCGAAAGACAAGUCCUAAAGAUAUGGAAGCGACUAUCAAGAACUUAGUUUCUAGGAAUGAAUCUAGUCAAAUUUUGUCGUCGAUGAAAGAGAAAGCCUUCGUUAUGCAAUCUCACAUAGAGGAAGAUGAAACGAUAUAUGACCCAGCGUUCUUGUUUCCCCUGGUGAGCCACCUGCUGGCGCCCGGGUCCGUGGCGUCGUCGUUCCGCCUGCUGCGGUCGGGGCUGCUGUCGGUGCCGGUGAUGGGGCUGAGCUCGCACUGUCCGCUGAUGCGCGCGGCGGCGUACCACGUGCUGCACAGGUUCUACAUGCUACUGGAAACUGAAACGCGACACAAAAACGACAAACUCCUGCUCACUGAUUUCAUAACGACGUUACGACAAAGUCUAUCUACUGCCAUAAACAAUCCACCAGAGGACGAGUUGAUGGAGGUGAAAAAUCCUCGCCUACCCGCAAUAGGCGCCUUGUAUUUGGCGCGAGCGCUCAUGGUGUGCACGUCUCCCACGGAACCGCUGUACAAACCCGUCAACAACUUCUUGAUAGCGAAACAAUUCGUUGAUCUAACCGUUGUGCCGGAUUUCCUCAGUCUCUUCCACGACAGUGAUGUGGAAGCUGAGAAAAGAAGGCACUGGAUCCUCGACGUGAUAAAGGACGGGACGAAGACUUUAACGGAUGUCAAUGUGGUGUUCAAAACCAUGUGCUUAAAGAUGAUUAUGGAUUUCUUCAGCACGACCAUCGCCGAUUCUAGGAGUAAAGUGAAAAUUUUGGGGACGCUCAAUGCGAUCGUCGCAGUGCCCCGAGCUUGUGAGAUUUUGAUUGACGGCUACGGAUUAGUGUCUUGGCUGCAUUUUGUGUCUCGAAACAUUGAGAAACACGACACGUCAAUACUGAAAGGGAUUUUGGUUUUCAUAGAGAAUUUGAUUUACAGCACAUCUUUCAAUUUAUUCUCUAGACAUUGCGCAAAUUUUCGCGUUGAAGACUAUUCGAAGAUAGACAGUUUGACAGAGUUCAAUGUUAAAAACGAUGUUGAAUUGGAGUUGAUAGUAAUACUUUACGAUUUGUUGCCUCACGUCGAAUGGUUGAAUGUGGAUGAUAUAAUCAAUUAUGUGAAAUUGUAUAAUUUGAUAUCUAAACGUACGAUGAAGUGUAUGCGUAAGAACCAAGUGGUGAAUGUUGUGACCAAAUGCAGUGAGGACAUUAGGCAUUUGGAAAGUGUGAAGUUUAUUCGAAAAGCCGUUUUAUUGGAGAACAGUGUAAUGUUGAACAGUAAAAUACUCGACAGGGAGAUUGAGACCAGUGAAGACAGAUUGUGCUAUGAACUUAAACUUUUAGUACAGAAUUAUUCUGAAUAACAUGGACUAGUGACUGGAGCGUGUUCCAAUAGUACAUUAUGAUGUAAAUGCGGUAAGUUGAGAAUUACAGCCGAGGCGAUAUUGCAGCUCGAGCCAAAUGCGAGAGCUUUAGUAAGGAAGCAGAGGCUGUAAUUAUCAAAGCGCACUUAUGUCAUAAGACGUUUUAUAACACAUUUGCAAGGAAACACACUUUCUGAAAAUGAAUUUGCAUCUUUGCCUGUUUUCCUUAUGAUGACAUUUUGAUACGCUUGUAGUUUUUGCACAGAUAACGAAAUGCGCUCACCAGCGUUUGUUAUUUUUUAGACAAAUGCACCAAAAACAGCCAGUAUUACUAAUAAAUUAUAUUUUUGUUAUUCUGAUACAGAUAAAUUGUUGACAUUUAUUAAUUUAUGAAAAUUAUUAAAAUUAAAGAAUUAAAUGUUUUUUUUAUUAUAUUGUAUCUCACAAAGUUAAUUUUAUUCAUAAAAUGUUGAGCACUUUUUUGACAUAAAAACUCUGCCAAGAUUUAAAAAAGUACCGUUCGUUAUUAGAUGUAUGAGAAAGGUUUUAUAUUACAUUACGACACAUGUGCGUAAUGAGAUACAUUGAAAUUGGUGAAAUAAGCGAUACUUUGCGAGCAAAUGUGUUAUAAAAUAUAUAUUUUCUGUAAAAAAGACUCUUUGUGUACCUACUUAUAUUUGUAUUGAAUGUUUAUAAGAAAUAUAAAUGUUUCGUAUUGUAAUUA